AUGUCGGCCCCAAAGGACGGAUGGGUUUCUUCCUUCUCUUUCCUGCUCUUCUGUGCUUCCUCCAUCCCGACGUGGGGAAGUGCGAGUCUGCUGCAGGAGCUGAGCCCCCAGGAGUAUUUCAGUAGCCUGCAAGCGGGCAGAGCAUCCCUGGCUUAUUUCAGCCGUAAUGUUUCUCCUGGUGCCCAGCCCUUCUUGGAGCAGAUUGGGAACUCGGCCGAGGCCCUCCAGGACUACGGCAUUUCGGUGGUGAAGGUUAAUUGUCCCAAAGAGGAUGUCUCAAGAUAUUGUGGAAAAGAAAAUGCAUUAAGGAAAGCCUACCUGUUCAGAGGUAACAUGCUGAUCAGAGAGUUCCCCACCGAUGCCUUGUUUGACGUGAACUCCAUUGUUGCUAACGUUUUGUUUGCCCUGCUCUUUAAUGAAGUUAAAUACGUUGAAACACUGGCGGAUCUUCAGAACAUUGAAAAUACGCUGAAGGGGAGGUCGAACAUGGUCUUUGCCUAUGUACCAGCUACCGGGACAGCAGAGCACAGAGCCGUGAUGGAGGUGGCUUUUGUCUAUGGGACUGUCCACCAGUUUGUUCUGACAACUGAGGCAACGCUGUUGAAAGACACUGGCAAUGAUGAGCUUGAUGUGUCAUCUGCUCGGCUGUUGUUCUGCCACUGCCAGCAGGCCACAGACCUGGCACAGCCCUGCAGGAGGACAGCCAUGGAGCAGGCUCUGACGAUGCUCAACAUCCACAGGCACCUCAAGCUCAUGGGGGCUCCUCUGGUGACAGAGGUUGCUGAGGACCCAGAGAAGGUUUCCACUGUUCACUUACAGCUUGGGCUACCACUUGUGUUCAUCCUCAGCCAGAAAGAGACCUACGAGGCUGACAAGAGGACAGCAGAGUUUGUGGCCUGGCAGCUCUUGGGGAAAGCGGGAGUUGCCCUUUUGUCUAGGGACCUCGUAGAUUUGAACAUUCUGCUCCGGUCAAACGUCGCUCUCAAGACGCCGGAUGAGGGAGUGCCAAUCAAAUACCUGGUUUUGGAAGACACUGAUGAAGUUAUAACCCUGGUGGAAGAUAAGAACAAGGUUGAGCAAAUCCAGGAGGAUGAUGAGGAGGAGGAAGAUGAGGAGGAGAAAGAGAAUAACAAUCAAGAUAUUCAGGAUGAUCAAGUGGUGGAAGCGAUUUCCAGGGAUAAGAAACGAGAGCUGCCCCUGGAGCAGAUCCUUGUCCUGACAGAGGAGACCUUCCACUCGACCCUCCUGGAUUCUGCCCGGACGGUGGUGCUGUUUUAUGCCAGCUGGGAGGCAGUGUCCCUGACAGUGCUGCGGUCUUACACCGAGGUGGCCGAUCUCCUGAAAGGAACUCGAGGGGUUUUGCUGUCUCGGGUAAACUGCUGGGACUGGCCUGGCAUUUGCACCAAGGAGAACGUCACUCAGUUUCCUACCAUCAGGAUUUACGAGAAGGGAGAGCGAUCAGUGAUGUACAAUGGCAUGUGGGGAACCGAAGAACUGACCAGCUUCAUCAUGCUGAGCCGAGUUUCCUGCCCUCUGAAGCUGGCCACGAUUGAGGAAGCAGAAGGAUAUUUAAGAGGAGAGUUUCCAUCUGAGCUGUCCUCCUACCACCACACUUCUGUUCUAGGAGUAUUUAGCACAGCCACUACUGAAG